ACCGGGAGUCAGCCAGUGAGAAGUCGCUGGCUGUUGUAAAUAAACUGCUUCUUUCCAGAGCUGCUGAACAGCAGCGGCCGGUGCGGGACUGUGAGCAGCGGGCAGACAUGUCGGUGGAGACAGCAGCCAGCGGUGCGAGGGAAGCUGGGGGAAGCAGAGGAAGCAGCGGCCGACAGGAGGGCCCCGGAGGACUGUGGGACUCUGUGAAGAAAGCCGGGUUUGUCAUCGGAUCUGGGAUCUUAUUCUUGGCUGCGUUCGGGAACUCACUGACAUGGCACCUUCAGAGAUUCUGGGGAGCUUCAGGAGAUUUUUGGCAGAACUUGUGGACCAAGUUGUACGUGGCAUACGAGGGCCAUGAUGCUUCUUUGUUCUUCCUGGGGACCAUGCUUGCUCCCACUCUGGCCUUCUGGGGGUCAAAUGCUCUCCUGCUAUGGGUGGACAUCACUGGUACACCCUCCUUCAUCACCCGCUACCGUAUCCAGUUGGACAAGAACAACCCAGUGGAUCCAGCUAAGCUGCGCCAAGCCUUGAAGUGUGUCCUCUUCAACCACGUGGUAAUCUCCGGGGCCAUGACGGUGGUCGUUUACUACCUGAUGAGCUGGAGAGGAAACCCCUGCGGCCCCGAGCUGCCCACCUUUCACUGGGCCCUGAUGGAGCUGGCCGCCUUCUCCAUCUUGGAGGAGAUUCUCUUCUACUAUUCACACAGGCUGUUCCACCAACCCAGCCUCUACAAGCAUUACCACAAACAGCACCACGAGUGGACCGCUCCCAUCGGUGUCGUCUCCAUCUACGCUCAUCCUCUGGAGCACGUGAUCUCCAACUUGUUGCCGGUGGUAAGCGGGCCAGUGCUCCUGGGCUCCCACCUGUCCACCACCUCCCUGUGGUACUGCGUAGCUCUGGUCAGCACCACCAUCUCCCACUGCGGAUACCACCUUCCCUUCCUGCCUUCUCCUGAGUUCCAUGACUUCCACCACCUCAGGUUCAAUCAGUGUUUUGGUGUUUUCGGCAUCUUGGACAGGCUCCACGGCACAGACAGCAAGUUCCGUCAGAGCAAGCAGUACGAGCGCCACACCCUGCUCACCAGCUUCACCCCGCUGAAUGAGAGCAUCCCUGACACACAAAAGAAGGGCCAGUGAGGACCUGCGACGGUCAAAUCUUAUGCAGGGAUAUGUAAUUCCCAAUCAAUCUUAAAAACUUUAAUUUUUUUUUUAUUUCAAUCUUCAGUCAAGUUUGACUGUCAAUGUUUGCCCAGACUCUGUGGUCACUCACCUCACGUUUAUGUGCUAGUGUGUGGUCAUUGCACUUUAACAUACAGAUGUGAUUUUACUUUUAUAAGCUUAGUUACCUGUUAAUUUCUAAAAAAAAAAAGAAAAAAGAAAAAAAAAAGAAGUCAGGAUGAAAACAAGCUUUUCCUCUUUGUUGUCUGUUGUCUUGACAUUUGCUUCAUUUCACAUCUUUGAGUUUAUUCUGAAUUACAGGCAUUGGUGACUUAAGCUACAGCACAUUUGAAGACUUUCUGUGAUUAACGGGGUGAAAACAGGAGUGGACCGCACUCUGCAGUCUCACUGUUUGCUGGCACUCGUUCUGAAUACAUUUUUACUUGUACCAACUGUUAAACCAUUUGAGGAAACCACUACAAUUACUUGGUUUGGACAACAAAUGCUCCCUCGACGGGUGUAAAAGAGGCGAUAAACACCGCGAGAGCAUGCAAGACAAAAAUUUAAAUGUUCCCGUUUAAUGUAGUCUUAUUGUAGUUUUAAAUGCAAUUCUUUAACUUUUUGUAAGUUUAGUAAAAGCACUUUCACCCAUUCAGACUCUUCUGAUGCGUUCACUGACCACUGGGACAGAAGAGUAUCUGUAUUCUUUGGCAAAAGACAAGAAAUUCCUUUGCACUUUGCAUAUCUGUGGCACUUAUACUUUCAAAAUAUCAAUGUCUUUUUGUAUUACCGAAAAAGUGAUUAAUACAAAUGUAACAAAUGUUCUGAUAGAACUGUUUAAUAUUAAAGUAUUAAAAAAAAG